CUCUCCUUCCUCAACCAAUUCUUCUGGUACCGCAAAGAGCCGCUCUCCAUCACCGCCAUUUCCGCGCAGAUCGCCGUCGUCCCUCUCGGCCGCUUAAUGGCCUCCAGAAUCACAAAUCGCGUCUUCUUCAAAGGAAAUCGGUGGGAAUUCUGCCUCAACCCUGGCCCUUUCAAUGUCAAGGAGCACGUUCUCAUCACCAUCUUCGCCAACUCCGGCGCCGGCACCGUCUACGCCAUUCACGUCGUCACCGUCGUCAAAACGUUCUACAAGCAACGCAUCAGCUUCUUCGUCUCCUUAAUCGUCGUCGUCACCACUCAGGUGUUAGGAUUCGGGUGGGCCGGGAUAUUCAGGAAAUAUCUCGUCGAGCCGGCGGCGAUGUGGUGGCCGGCGAAUCUGGUCCAAGUUUCACUCUUCAGGGCUCUACACGAGAAAGAGGAGCGAAGCAAGGGGAGUUUAAGCCGAACCCAAUUCUUCGUAAUAUCCUUCAUUUGCAGCUUCGCCUAUUACGUCUUCCCUGGCUACCUCUUCCAAAUCCUCACCUCACUCUCAUGGGCCUGCUGGGCCUUCCCCACCUCCAUUCUGGCCCAACAGCUUGGCUCGGGCCUUCACGGGCUGGGCCUCGGCUCUAUUGGGCUCGACUGGUCCACCAUCUCAUCCUAUCUGGGCAGCCCACUUGCCAGCCCAUGGUUUGCCACCGCCAAUAUUGCAGCCGGCUUUGUCUUCAUCAUGUACAUUUUGACCCCAGUCUUCUACUGGUUCGACGUUUUCAAAGCUCGCACAUUUCCCAUAUUCUCGGAUUCCUUGUUCACUGAAAAGGGUCAAAAGUAUGAUAUUUCCGCCAUUGUUGACUCCAAUUUCCACCUUGAUGUUGGUGCUUAUGACAGACAAGGGAAACUGUAUCUUAGUACUUUCUUUGCUGUUACUUAUGGCGUUGGCUUUGCUGCUCUUUCUGCUACCAUUGUUCAUGUUGCUCUCUUCCAUGGAAGGGAAAUAUGGCAGCAGAGCAAGUCAAGCUUUCAAGAAAAGACAAUGGACAUACAUACAAAGCUGAUGAGCAAGUACAAUCAAGUUCCCGAAUGGUGGUUCAUGUCGAUUCUUUUAGCGAACAUCGCGCUCACCGUUUUCGCUUGCGAAUACUACAACGACCAGCUUCAGUUGCCAUGGUGGGGAGUUCUACUCGCCUGUGGUAUCGCCAUUUUCUUCACUCUCCCGAUCGGAAUCAUCACUGCCAUCACCAACCAAGCACCGGGCUUGAACAUAAUCACCGAGUACAUUAUCGGAUAUAUCUACCCGGGGUAUCCCGUCGCCAAUAUGUGCUUCAAAGUGUAUGGAUACAUUAGCAUGACCCAAGCCAUUACCUUUCUGCAAGAUUUCAAGCUCGGUCAUUACAUGAAGAUCCCACCAAGAACCAUGUUCAUGGCUCAGGUUGUUGGAACCUUGAUAGCCAGCUUUGUGUAUUUGGGCACUGCCUGGUGGCUCUUGGAAACCAUCCCCGACAUAUGCAGCUCGUCUCAAUCCUUUUGGACUUGCCCGUCCGAUACGGUGUUCUACGAUGCCUCAGUGAUAUGGGGGUUGAUCGGUCCUCGUCGGAUUUUUGGAGACCUUGGAUACUAUUCUUCUGUAAAUUGGUUCUUCCUUGUGGGUGCAAUUGCUCCUGUUUUGGUAUGGUUAGCCAUCAAGGCAUUUCCACAGCAAGAGUGGAUCAAACUUGUCAACAUGCCUGUAUUGAUUGCAGCCACCGGAUAUAUGCCUCCAGCCACCGCAGUUAACUACAUAACUUGGAUCAUUGCCGGGUUUCUAUCUGGUUUCGUAGUGUACCGAUACAAGCCCGAAUGGUGGCGACGACAUAACUAUGUCCUCUCCGGGGCGUUGGAUGCUGGCCUUGCUUUCAUGGGGGUGCUACUGUACUUCUCAUUAGGGUUGCAGGAGAUGGACCUCGACUGGUGGGGGAACGACCUUGAUGGUUGUCCGCUGGCUCACUGCCCCACGGCUGCUGGAGUUGCUGUGGAAGGAUGCCCUCUCUUCACUUAAGGUACAAUCAAAGUGAGAAAUGCAAUUAGUUCUAAGUUACAGAAUUGUUACAGAAUUUCAGUUCCUCCGUUGGAAAUGCACAUAUUGGCUUACAGAAUUUCAGUUCAUCAUCUUGUGUAUAUUGAACUUCGUAGUUUGUCCAAAAAUUUAUUGACUUUCGAUUCUCUUU